CUAACAGGGAUAAUGUUUAAUUGUUUAUACAUAGUGCUUGUUUUGGAAGUUAGUAAUGAUCGCCAGACUUGGUCUCAAUACUUUUCAUUAUAGCCUAGUAAUUAGUGGCAUGUGAUGUUCCUGAGCUCUUAUGAUUCUACAAGCAUUCUACUCUCCAGGCAACAAUACUUUACAUUAGCAAAUUCAGAUUGUUGUUAUUGCCUGCCUUGCUUCUGGUUGAAGUUGAAAUUUCAAUAGCUGAAGAGAUGAUUCAUGUAGUUAAUGCUUUCAGGUACACAGAUGCUGCAGCUGCCUUGUUGAGACUGGGUCUUGCAGCUGACAAAUCCAAUGCUACUAACAGCCAGUUCAAGGCAUACCUUGGUGCCAUUAUUGUGUACCUUUAUGCUCAUGAUGUCAAGGCAGCAGAGAAAUGCUAUAAUGACUGCUCACAGAUUUCUGCGUUUUUGGGAAGUGACCAGGGUCGAUAUGGUAGCAGGCUUAUCUCAGCUUAUUCGGAAGGUGAUGUUGAAGAAAUUAAACGUCUGACUCAGUCUAGCACCAUUUCUCAUCUUGACCAUGCUAUCAUCAAGCUGGGAAGAAAGCUACCUACUGGUGAAGUAACCGCAGUAAAAGCUGGGACUGAAGAGGGAGAAGGCCUGGACGAGAAUGAUCUCACAUAACGAUUUUGUAAACAUAAAUCAUAAUAGCAUGGAUCUUAGAAUUAGAUGAUUUCACGAAUCCAUAAUAGAUCGGGAAAACCUACCUCGAUCCAUGACGAGAGCGGCGGCGGCGCUGGAGUAGUAAUCACCGAAAUUGAGUUUCUCCCUCUUGACCCCUUUAGGUUUUAGGUUUAGAGAUUUCUGUGAUGGCUAAGAAAUUCUACGUAAUGGG